AUGGCGAUAGACAGUGAUACAGAGCGUAAGCUCGCACGAACGCUGCUGAUGGAGUUGAUGGUGUACCAGUUCGCCUCCCCUGUGCGAUGGAUCGAAACCCAAGAUGUGAUUCUGUCUCGUACAGAAAGCGAGCGCAUCAUUGAGGUCGGUCCUAGUGCAACGCUGCUAGGCAUGUUGCGCAAAACCAUCGACACCAUCUAUCCAACGAAAGAAUGCACUUUGCCAGCUCCACGCCAGCUGCUCCAUUCCGAAAAAGACUUGGACGACAUCUACUACACCGGAGAGCCAGAUCAACUCAACCCAGUGGAGAUAAAGACGCAGAUGCAGGCAGAAACAGAGAUAUCACCACCAAACCUCGGGCCAGCCGUACCGACUCCCACAGUCACCGUGGAGCUAACAACGGCGGCCCAGCCUUCUCCAAUGGUGCACGUCGAAGUUACUAGCAUCGAGGAUCAAAGUAUCCAGGCACAGGAUAUUGUGUUCGCCAUUGUUGCUAGGGCACUGAAGCGAGCGGCAGCUGAAAUUGACGGGAGCAAGUCUAUCAAGGCUCUGGCCGAAGGCAGAUCAACAUUGGAGAAUGAAAUCAUCGGUGAUCUACAUAGCGAGUUCGGCUCGUUGCCGGAUCGCGCUGAGGACUUAGCACUCGGUCAAGUCGGGCCAGAGAUCCAGCCUAGCCAUAAAGGCGCCCUGGGCAAAGUAACCACAGCCAUGAUCAACACUUUGUUCACAUCCAAAAUGCCCAGCAGCUUCACCGCUGCCACUGCUCGAGAGCAGCUGCGCACCCAUUGGGGACUUCAGUCUGGUCGACAAGACGCCUGCUUGCUUUGCGCUGUCACCAUGCAACCCACCAGUCGGAUCACCACUGAAUCGGACGCCCAUGACUUUAUUUCUCACGCCGUCGAGAUAUAUGCGAAACGUGAAGGGCUCACGCUUCUCCCACCUGGCGCAUCUGAUGUUGGUGGCGCCGCCACUGGAGUCACCAUGGAUCCGGAAGCGGUCCGGGCCCUGACCGAAUCACAAGAUGCCUUGUCGAAGCGCUUGCUCGAGAUCUACGCUGCUCAUUUAGGUGUGGAUAUGGAGGCGGACCGACAGGCAUUGGACAGCCUCCGAGACGAGCUAGCGACUGGACUCCAAGCUGACCUUGAUCUCUGGCAUGCAGAGCACGGCGCAGACUAUGCCCAGGGUAUUCGGCCACGGUUUGAUAUGAAAAAGAUCCGGAGCUAUGAUUCAGCGUGGAAUUGGGCACGGCAAAGUCUGCUGGAGCUGUUUGAUCUUACAUCAACCGUUGCAGACCCCAGCAUACUAGAUCCGGAUUCGGUAGUGAAGCGCUGCUAUCACAUCGCCAACGCAGCGGACAAGACCAUCUUGCCUGUAUUGGAUGAGAUGAUUUCCCAAUUGCAAGAUCGUACGGACUUGCGACCAAUCUUUCUUACGCUGAGAGACAAUUGUACGGAUAGCUUGAUGUCGGGACCGGUAUUCAGAGGCGCUCCCCGACAAUUAGCGCCAGUUACAACAAUGGAUAACCAAGGGAACCUGCAGUAUCAGGAACAACCUCGGAAAGAGUCAUCACGAUUUGCUGAUCUCGCCCUGCCAAGAUCAGGACCGGCCAAAAACCCCCUAGUCACAACUGAACCGUACCUGCAUCUAAAAAAGCGAUCAGCAUCUGGAUGGGAAUAUUCCGCAGACCUGACCCGUCAUCUUUAUCAGGUCUUUCACGAAGUGGAAACACAAGGCGACUCCCUGAGUGCCCAAACGGUGUUGAUCACAGGGGCUGGAAUCGGCUCCAUCGGAGCCGCCAUGAUUGUGCAUUUCCUCCAAGGCGGAGCACGAGUGCUUGUUACGACCUCGUCCAUGUCUCCGGAGGUAGCGCGAAAGUAUCAAGCCUUGUACAUGGAGCAUGGAUCGCGAGGCUCAGAGCUGGUAGUUGUACCCUUCAACCAAGGGAGUGCCCAGGACGUUGCUGCCUUAGUGGAAUACGUGUAUGAUGAGAAAAACGGGCUCGGAUGGGAUUUAGACUACCUCAUCCCCUUCGCAGCUAUCAGUGAGGCUGGACGGACCCUAGACACGAUCGACUCCAAAUCUGAGCUGGCGCAUCGCAUUAUGUUGACGAACCUGUUGCGAUUGCUGGGGACCGUGAAGACAUGCAAAGAGAUCCACGGCCAUCGAUCGCAUCCUACCCAGGUGGUGUUGCCACUCUCCCCCAAUCACGGCACUUUUGGAGGAGAUGGUCUUUAUAGUGAAUCAAAGCUGGCCCUAGAAACGCUCUUCAACCGCUGGCAUUCAGAGAACUGGCAAGACUACCUCUCCAUUUGCGGCGCCGUUAUCGGUUGGACUCGUGGCACGGGACUGAUGAAUCAAAAUGAUCUCGUGGCCGAGGGAAUCGAAAAAGCCGGUAUGCGCACAUUUUCUCAAGAAGAGAUGGCUUAUGCGCUGGUUUGCUUAUGUGUCGGUGCAAUGUACGAGCUGUGCCAGGAAGCUCCGGUCUAUGCAGAUCUGACUGGCGGUAUGGCCCAAGUUCCAAACCUACCAGAAUCUCUAGGCCAUCUGCGACGCGAGCUCAAGGAGAACAGCGAAAUUCAAUCCGCGCUAUUCCAGGAGCAGGCGAUCGAGGCGGAGUGGUCGAAUCCGGGAGAGCAUGCAGCGGCUGUGUCCGAGCUAGAAGAGAGGGCCCACGUCCGACAGGACUUCCCUAAGGUCCUGCAGUACGAUCGCGACAUCGCACCUCUCAGUGCGGAGCUGCAGGGAAUGGUGGACUUGCACCGAACGGUCGUGAUCACGGGAUUUGCCGAGCUAGGACCGCACGGCAAUUCCCGUACGCGAUGGGAAAUGGAAGCCCAUGGCCGGUUUUCUAUAGAGGGCGCUAUUGAAAUGGCGUGGAUGAUGGGUUUCAUCCGUCACUUCUCCGGUAUCAUUGAAGGCCGACCGUACUCCGGCUGGGUCGAUACUAAAACCAAACAGCCAGUGGCCGACACGGCGAUCAAGCCAGUGUACGAAGAGAGGAUCCUAGCGCAUUCCGGAAUUCGUUUCAUUGAACCUGAACUUUGUGAUGGGUAUGACCCUAACAAAAAGCAGUUCCUCCAUGAGAUCGUCCUGCAGACGGAUCUCGCACCACUCUACGUGCCUGAAUCACUCGCCGAGCAGAUGCGUCGAGAGCAUGGCCUCUUCGUGACAGUGCAAAAGUCGUCAACUCCGGACCUAUACCGAGUGCAGCUACGUAAGGGAGCCCGACUAUUCGUUCCCCGAGCUAUGCAGUUUGACCGUACCGUGGCCGGCCUAGUCCCCACCGGCUGGGAUCCCCGUAUCUACGGGCUUUCCGAGCAAAUCAUCUCCGACGUCGACCGGCUAACGUUGUACACGCUAGUUUGUACGGUAGAAGCGUUGCUAUCGUCUGGAAUCACCGACCCGUAUGAGCUCUACCAGUAUAUCCACGUAUCAGAGGUCGGCAAUUGUAUCGGCUCCGGUAUGGGAGGUAGUACCUCUCUAGGAAAGAUGUUCACCGGCCGAUAUACCGGGCAGGAAAUCCAGAGUGACAUUCUCCAGGAGACGUUUGUCAAUACUAUCAGUGCCUGGGUUAAUAUGCUCCUGCUAUCGGCCAGUGGUCCUAUCAGAACCCCUGUUGGAGCCUGUGCAACCGCCGUGGAAUCCUUAGAACUUGGCUAUGACACCAUCGUGACAGGAAAAUCCAAGUUCUGCUUAGUUGGAGGAUGCGAUGACUUUACAUCGGAGACAUCAUAUGAGUUUGCCAACAUGAAAGCGACCACAAAUUCCCUUGAGGAGACGGCGCAAGGGAGAGCACCUAGUGAAAUGUCGCGACCAACCACCACUACACGUAAUGGCUUUAUGGAAUCCCAAGGCUGCGGUCUGCAGGUCUUGACUACUGCCGAUUUGGCGUUGAAGAUGGGGCUCCCGAUUCGCGGCAUUGUUGCUUUUGUGAGCACCUCCAGUGAUAAGGCUGGCCGCUCUGUCCCAGCACCUGGGCAGGGCGUGCUUGUCAACGCGAGACGUACAACGCUGGCGUCAAACAUUCCUUCUCCUUUGCUCAAGAUGAGCAAUCGCCGACGUCGCCUGGACUUCCGACGAAAGCAGAUCUCCGAGGCCCGGGCAGUCGCGCUCGAGCAGCUAGAUUUCGAAGUGGAUGUCGUACUAGGACAAGACCCGGGACUUGAUGUAGCCACGUAUCGUCAGGAACGCCUUGAGCAGAUUCUCGUGGACUUCCUUCAAGAAGAGCGAGAUGCUCGGUAUUCGCUAGGUAAUGAUUUCUGGCGCCAUGACUCAUCUAUCGCGCCGUUGACCGGAGCCCUCGCAACCUGGGGUUUGACCAUCGACGACCUGCGGGUAGCUUCCUUCCAUGGCACGUCAACCAUGAUGAACGAUAAGAAUGAAUCCAGCGUUCUCCAACAGCAGCUGACAGCACUAGGCCGACGCAAGGGUAAUCUGCUUCUGGGUGUCUUCCAGAAAUAUUUGACCGGUCAUUCCAAGGGGGCUGCGGGUGCGUGGAUGGUCAAUGGGGCGUUACAGAUGCUGGAUUCCGGCCUGGUGCCAGGCAAUCGCAAUGCCGAUAAUAUUGACUCGGCUCUGCAGCAAUUCGAUCUAAUUGCCUAUCUUUCCCGGCCAAUGCACGUGGCUGACCUCAAGGCUGUGUCGAUCACCUCAUUCGGUUUUGGGCAGAAAGGCGCGCAGGCAAUUUGCGUGCAUCCCCGGCAUGUCUUUGCUACCUUGACACGAGAUGAGUAUGAGGCGUAUUUAGUUCGUCGUAUGGCACGUCAACGGAGUACCGACUCAUAUUUCUACGAGGGGAUGAGCUCUAACUCUUUGUUCCGAGCCAAAACAGCGCCUCCAUUCCCGGCUUCUCAGGAGAAUGAAACAUACCUUAAUGCGUCUGCUCGCUUUUCGUCAUGA